AUGGCACAAGAUAUCAAGCACUAUGGUGAAGAGGUCAAGAUCAAGCAUCAUCAAGAGUGGAAAACCGCCAUGACUGAAGAACUGGAUACAUUGAAAGCAAACGACGUCCAGACGAUUGUUGUACCACCCAAGGAUGCGCACGUGCUACACAACGAGUGGGUGUACAAGCCAACAACGGAUGCUUACGGGGACAUUGAGAGGUACAAGGCUCGUCUAGUCGUUUGCGGAAAUAAACAAGUCUUCGGGAUCGACUACAACCUUACCUCCGCAGCAGUGAUGGACUUGAGUACGGUGAAGAUAAUCCUGAUGCUCUCAAGACGCUGGAAGGUACCGGCUCGACACAUAGAUGUACCGAACGCAUGCGUCAAGGCCGAAAAGGAGGAGCAUCUGGACAUCUACAUAAGUAUGCCCAAACGGAUGAUCAUGGACGAAGAGGAGCUCAAGAGUCUAGGAACAAAGUCGACAUACAGCUUGGCACUACUGCUGAAGAGUCGCUAUACGGACUCAAGCAGGCUGGAAGACUCUGGAGCAAGCUGCUUGAUUCUUAGUUUCGACAGAGUGGUUUUAGACUGUGCAUGA